CGCGAUGUUUGGCCAAUCGGAGGCUGGCGAUGGCGUCUGGCGGACUGCUAUGAACCUUCGCUGUGUGAGCCGAGCUGUAUUCGCCGCCACGCAGGGCGCCUCGUAAACCCGACAAGAUCUACCGAUCUUAAUUGUUUUUAAAAAGAAAAGUCAAGUCUCCAGUGGCCUAUACCCAAGAAAGAUGUCAAAAAUGUCCAAUGUUCGAGUUAAGGUGGAAAAAGACGGGGAGCCUUCAGCUGCACGAAACAAGCUGGAUGCAGUGCUGCAGUUCCUUGUAGAGAAAAAUGACCAGGAAAGAGAACAAGAAGAAGGUGAACAUAGACUGGGUCAGAAUGAAUUCAACACCAAGGACACUUCACCUACUGGCAUCAAACGGAGCACAAGAUUCCCCCAUCAAAAACGGAAGAGGAGAAAGGAUGUGGAUGAUUUCAUUUCAGAAAACAGCCAUCCAAAACAGAACACGUACGUGAUGAAAUUGUUUGACCGGAGUGUGGACCUUGCUCGGUUCAAUGAGACGACGCCCCUCUAUCCCAUCUGCCGUGCCUGGAUGAGCAACAACCCCGGGCACAAGGAUGAUGGCACUGGCCUCACCACCAUCACUGAUUCCACCGAAAACGACAAUACAGGCGUGACAGAAUUCCUGAACGGGGAAUGUGUGGAAGUGUCACGACUGCCUCCACCCACUCCAGCACCAACAAAUGAAAAUGGAGUUCACAUCAAUCUACGCAUCCCUUCCCCCAUUCCUCAACCGGAUGAACACCUUAACAUCCGCAUGCCGGAAGAAAUGGCACCACCAAAUCCCAUUCUGCUGUACAACCACAUGGAACGAUGGAAGAAGAUCCGGCAAAAGUGGAGGGUGGCCUCCCACCACAACCAGAUGCGUUAUGCGGAAAGCAUGAAGAUACUAAAAGAGAUGUUUGACCGACAAUGAUGAUUCUGUGUUUUAAUUGUAAAUUGCAUUAUCACAUUUUAUACAUCUUCAAUCAACUGUAUAAAAAUGUCUUUAUAUACAUGCGAAUGUAUACAUCUGCUUCUGUAACAUAUUUUUUAUGUAAUAUUUUAAAAUUUUAGAAUGUUAAGUUGAUCCAAAUAAACCAUUUACAUUUUU